UCGUCGCUCCCGUCGACGACCAACCGCCACUGUAUUCUCAGCAUCUAACUAAACAACUUACUGCCCUAUUCAAGUCUUCACAACAUCCCUCGUCGAUACGCUCGACGAAAAUCUCCAUUGGUGAUCUCCGGUGUCUUUCAACUCAAAAGUUCCAAGUCCGGACUCACAACAUACUCGCCGCCCGACAUGCCUCGUCGUGCAUUCCCCUCCCUCCCCUCCACGCCAGCUGCCUCAGGCUCUGUGGCAGACAGGACGCCCUCUUUUCUCCCUUCCGCCGAACCAGAGUCGUCCUUUGCUGCCAAUCUCCGUACUCUUCGAAGAAAUUGGAAGUGGGCUGCAUUUAGCCAGUUCUUUUAUACCUUCGCUACUCUACUGGCGAUGCCUGAUGUCAACUUGGCUGACAUCGAAGAUGACCUUGCGCGAGGGACCGCGUUGUAUUUACCCCGUGUAAUGCAUAGAUUGUUGUAUACAUUGACACAGGAUCGGAAAAUCAACAUCGACAACUGGCAGAUAGCCCUCCGCAAACAAUACCUCCGCAGAGACCCAGAUGCGAAUCCACUAGGUCCCGAUCCCAACCUAAUCCUCAGCUCACGUCUCAAAUCUGAAGACAUCCGAACGAGUGUCGCCAAUACACGCGCAUCUUCCAUGUUGCCACUCGAUAUCACCGCUGUGACGCGUGAAGGUACAGGUGCUCCUGACGCGUCUACUCCUGCCAAACAUGAAUAUAAUGAACCCAACCACUCGAAUGAACCUGAGGCUGCAAAUCCGGAGGGCGACGAUACGAAGGAAGUGCCAUCUUCGGACAAUGCGCCACCAGUGAAUGGAGACGUUCAGGAAGAAGAGGUGAUGGAAGAGAAAGAAGAGAGUAAAGACUGGUUUGACCUCCCGUUGCUAACGAAGUUGGAUUCGCUUCAUCUCCUCACAGAGUGGCAAUUCCAAAAUCCUACUCGGUUGAGGCAAAUGAUGAAGGAUGAUGAUGACACUGCUCAAUGGCGCAUUGGACCCAUUGGAUACGACGCGAAGACGAACGCGUAUUGGCUGAUUGGUCCCAUCUUGACUUCUAUUUUAACCACGAAUCUUCUCUUCUAGAGGACCGUCUUUGGAUACAAAGAGCCCUACCUAAGCCUCCCCGUCCGCAGAAACGUAAACGUCAGCCUGCAGCGAAACCUAAACCCAAACCCUCUCGGGCCAAAGCUGCAGCAACCAUUGAGGAAGAAGACUUCUCCGAAGAGGAGCUCCCACCUCCGCCAGCCGCCAAACGCACCCGUACUGCACGUACUGCACGUAUUACUCGUGGCGCAUCCUCAUCUCAAGCUCAAACGCCAACCACGAAUGGCACCCCACGCGCAAGAGCUGCCAAAUUGCAAGCUAACAAGAAGCUGGACGCGCAGUACAAGGAACUUGAGGCGUUCCAGAGGGAGGCUGCUGCUGCUCAAGCAUUUCAGAAAUCUCCUACGAAAACUGCUCCCAGUACUGUAUCAGGCAGAGGAAGGAGAGGUACUGCUCCUGCCUCUCCUUCACCGAGACCUAUACUGGGUACACGUGCGAGUGCGAGGAUACGAGGUACAAGAGGCCGUGGGGAGGAUGACGAUGAAUGGCAGCAGAUACCGGAGGAAUGGCUGGCGGAAACCGCUUCAGCAAGUGUCAAUGGUGGACGUGUCAAUGGAACGAGGACUUCAGCUCGAGCGAAGGCCAAGGCCGCGGAGAAAAUGGACGUCGAUGAAUCAGAGGCCGAGGAAGACAAGGCCAAAGAGACUGAGCUUUUUGGAGAGGGAGAUUCUAUGAGCGAGCUCACUGAGUUGUCUGAUGAGACACCUCCGGGUUCCAAUGGAACUCCAGCCCUUGAACUCGUUGAAGAGACGAAGAAACAACAAGAAAUAAAGAAACUCGGACAUCGACUGAAGAAAGGUAAAGGGAAGGGUAAGGGCAAGCCGAAGGCAGUCGCGAAGGCUGAAUCCACUCCGCUCAUCAAUGGUAAAGUUGAAGAGCUUGCCCCAGUGCCAGAGGAGCCCGCUGAGGAAGUAGCUCCACUACCACCUGGUUUCAUCGAAUGGGAAGCAAUCGCUAUCACAUUAACAGAGUGGGAACACGUCGCCGAACCGUUCGAGAAAGCUACACAUUAUUUGGAGAAAGCGUUAUACAAGGUCUUGUCACAAGUCAUCGUCCCUGCUGUGACAGCUGAACUUCGGGAAACCGAGCGAAAGCGCAAACUGGAAGAAGCCGUUGUCCAUCGCAAACGCUCCUCUCGUAUUGCCAUUAAGGAAAGCGAGAAAGAGGAAGCUCGAAUGCUUGCUAAGAAAAGAGCAGAGGAAGCAGAGAAACAAGCACGUGCUCGACGUUUGGAAGCUAGAGCGAAGAAAGAAGAGGCCGAGAGAGAGAAAAGGGAGAACGCUAGAGAACAAAGACGGUUAGAGAGGGAGGAACGGGAGAGGAAGGCGAGGGAGGAGGAAGAGGCUGCUGAGAUAUCCGCUGCCAAUACGCCGAAAUCUCCUUCUGCGGGACCUUCAAAGUCUCAGCCUCCGCCGGCAACCUCGCAGACUAAGGAAUCUUCGGAUUGGAUGCUUGAUUGUGAAAUAUGUGGCAAGCGUGGACGGAACCUCGAUGGCAAUCUUGACUUGGUAUCUUGCGGAUCCUGCUCACGCUGGCAACACAUACAAUGUCAUGACUACGCAGACCAUCACGCCCGUCGUCCAAGGCGAAACUGGGAGACCCAACAGUUUACAUGUUCCCGUUGUCGAAUUGAGCAAGCUAAUCGACGUGCCACCAUGUAUGCUGCUUACCAGAACCCACCCCGUCAAGGAGGACAAUGGCAGGACGGGCCGGUCCUCCAAUUGCACCCAACACAAUCGUGGUCUUCGAGUGCAUCGUCGCAAGGUCAAGUUCGCUCUCAGGCUUUGCCAACGUCCGACCUGAGGCAUUCGGCGUACCCAAGUUCUUCCAGUCAUGCAAGCCUUGCUAGCCAUGCAGGACAUUCAGGACAAUCGUAUCAGACAGUACCUCUUUCUCAGUCCCAGUAUGGUGUUGCCAGAACUCAGUCUGGAUCUCCGGGAUAUUCCUACGUCCCGUCCCCACCUCAGUAUGGCCCACAAAAUCACAGUGCUUAUCCUCGCCAGGCGCCUACCUACCCGACUUCCCAGUAUCCACAGUCCAACCACAGGAGCCCUCAACCGCCUAUGCAAGAUUCGUGGUCAUUGGGCUACCAAUCUCAGGGAUCCCUAUGGAAUCGUCCUGAAACGACCCAUCAGUACUCGAGGACCCCUGUCAAUGGCUCAAGUUACCCUCAAGCACCGUAUCCUUCACACUCUACACAUACACAGGGAAUUCCCGCUAAUGGGCAGGACGUGCCGAUGGUUUCGAGCAAUCAUGUAUCAUAUCCGGGUCAUUCUGUAUAAUCUCACGUGUAAUCUGUUAGAGUAUAUUUUGACUUAUCGCAUUCAGUGUUUCUCUAGAAGAUUUGUUUGUAUGUUUGUGGUGAAGCAUCGUCGCAUCAUGCAUAUUGAAGGAUACAUGAAAGAAUUGAAAACAUCC